CCUGCCUGACGCAGCCACAGCCGAGGUCGCACACGCGAGGCCCCUCCGCCGCCUCCGAGAUGCGCUACGUUGCCUCCUACCUGCUGGCCGCCCUCGGGGGCAAUGCCUCCCCCAGCGCCAAGGACAUCAAGAAGAUCCUGGACAGUGUGGGCAUCGAGGCGGACGAUGACCGGCUCAACAAGGUGAUCAGCGAGCUGAACGGGAAGAACAUCGAAGAUGUCAUCGCCCAGGGUAUUGGCAAGCUGGCCAGCGUUCCCGCUGGAGGGGCUGUGGCCGUCUCCGCCGCCCCCGGGUCUGCAGCUCCUGCUGCUGGUUCUGCCCCAGCUGCAGCUGAGGAGAAGAAAGAUGAGAAGAAGGAGGAAUCCGAGGAGUCGGAUGACGACAUGGGAUUUGGCUUGUUUGAUUAGUCUCGUUCCCCUGCAAAUAAAGUCCUUUUUACAUACAC